UGACAACUGUCAGUUUUUAAAAGUUUAAAUGUUUAAAAAUGUUACUAAUUUGUUAUAGAGUUCUAAGUGAAAGUAAAAUUAAACUUAAAAGUGAAGCUAAUGUAAUUGGUAUAUAAAAAAUUAAUUUAUUGAACUGCUUUUUAAUGUAAAUGUAAGUAAAUUAUAUGUGAGAAAGAUGUCUUUCUCUCCUGCCAGUAUUUUAGCUCGUUUGGACGAGUUAAAAAGAUGGCAAGAGAAACAACAAGAAAAACUUAUGCAGCAGCACCAAAAUCGUCUGAAGGAAAACGAGAAAAAUACCGUUUCCUCAUUAAAUGAAAUAAUUAGUGGGACUGUAUCGCGAGUUGAUUCCGACAAAAGAGUUCUGUCCAAAAAAGUAACUUUUUGGCAGGAGUCUCCAGAUGCAAAAGUUAAAUCGUUUAAGGCGGAACUGGAAGACCGAUUAGCAUCUGAACCACAAAAUAAUAAUGAAGAAAAACCUAAAAAUAUUGUUAAGAAACCUUUUUUAAAACGAGGUCAGGGUUUGGCACGUUAUAAAAUGAACGUAGGAGACAUUGUUAAGAAAAAAACCAAACCUGUACAAAAUACUAAGCCAGCAUUAAACAAAGACGAUUUGUCCAAUUGUAAAAGUGCAGAAAAUGAAAAUGAACAAAUCAAAAUAACCCCUUUAAAGAAACCUAAUGUUAAUUUUGAACCAAAAGCAAAGUGGUUGAAUGUAGAAAAUCAGGAGUUACCACCCAGUGAAAUUAAUCUUGGUGAUGAUAAUAUUCCAAUAAGAAAGGCUUCGUUCAAGCAAACGUUUGAUAAAGCGGGAGGAAAAAUUAAAAGUGAAAAUAGUGUUUUGGUAGCACGUCAGAAUAUAAUUGAACAAAUAAACAGGUUUGCCCUCCAGAAAGAGAAUAACGAUAAAAAGAAUCCUGCAAAAGAUGAACCUAAAUUUGAUGGUGACCUGACAUUGUACGAAAAGGCUUUAGAAAAAGAGAGCUUAAGGGUCUUUGAAGCCUUAGAACAGAAAGCAAUGAAUAGCAGUUUCUCAUCCACAAAUUCUAGUGUGGUACAACUCCUUUCAAGUACACCUUCUAAGGAUGGAAAGCGCAGAAACGUAAGCAUACAAUUGGACCAACGUUUUGAAGUUCAUCAUUGUGCAAAUGAUGAAACCGAUGAAGGUGCAGAUUUAAUUUCUUUCGAAGAAGACAAUGUUGAAAUAAUAAGAGGAAAUAGAAGAGAAAAUGUAAAAGUAGAACACGAACAGUCAGUUUUGUCUGACCACAACGAAACUUCUAUCAAAUCUUCCGAUUUGAGAAGCCUUUUGGAAAGGUUCAUUCCUAAAAUGCAAGAAAAUAACCCUUCCCUUUUUAGAGACUUGGGUCCCGCCGGGAAAAAUGAUAAAAUGGAUAACUGUAAGAAAUAUUUCGAAGACAAUCUAUUCAAAGAUUUUCCUUCAGAUAGUUCAAUCGUGACAGAUAACAAUGAUGACGAAGAUACCCUCAAAAGUGGCACAGAAAUUGAUGAGGAUGUGCAGCCUUUAGAUUGUAACGAUAGAGAAAAGUGGUCCGACAACGAGUAUGAUGGAAAUGGUAAUAUGCCCACUAACAUAUGUGAGCAAUGCCUUAAGAAAAGUCAAAAGAGUUAUUCAGAUGUUGCUUUAAUGACAGACGAAUUCGAACAAAAAGCAGAUACCCAAAAAGAACGUGAAAGUUUGGAGAAAGACUUGGUAAAAAAACUGCGAGACUUGGACGAAGAAAUUGCAAAGUUUAGACAAGAAAACGUCAAAAUUGCCAAGAUUAAAAAGGAAAUUGAAUUGGAACGAUUAGACUUUCAAAAGGAGCACAGGGAACAACGCAAAAUAUUAGAAGAAGAAAGAGAAAAAAUUAAUCAGCAUUUAGAUGACGAGAAAAAAAAAUUGGCAAAGGAAAAGAUGGUUUUUGAAAGAUAUGUUAAGGACUCUCAAAAUAAGCCUUCAAAAAAAGAAAGGGAAGAGAUAACAAUUUUAAAAGGGGAAGUGGCAAAUCUAAAGGAAACCCUCAAACUAAAAGAGAUCAAAAACAGCACGACACAAGCACGUCUUCGCAAUCAAAUUAAGCGAUUAGAAAAGGAUAAUUCGGAAUUUAAAGAACAAAUAGAAAGCUUACAAAAGCAAAAUGCCAAAAUGCAGGCUGCACAGAAAAUAUGCAGACCCUCAGAUACAAAGAUGCUGCAUGAAAUAAACAAAAACAUAACAAGAUUGACGCUCAAUUCGAAAAAAAACAAAAGGCCUUCGAAAUCUUUCAGUGAGGAUAGUGAUAAUGACUCAUCCGAACAAGAAGCUGCAAAUUAUUUAAAAAAUAAAGACAACAAAAUUAAAAAACGCACAAAAUCAUUAAGUGAACUUGAAGUUUGCAAUAAAGUGAACAAGAACAAAAAAAACAUGAAACAGGACCUGUCUUUAAGAGGGUCCACAAAUGGUAAAAAGAGACACAGCAAAAAAACACCAGCAGCAGCAACUUACACCGAUUCUGAAGAAGAAGAUAACAGCAGUGGCGAUUCGAUGAUGAAUGAUUUAUUUUCGGAUGAAAAGAACGUACGAUUAAUUAAAAAGAAUAACGAAUACAAAUACCUAAGACCAAAUGAUAGUGAUUCCUUUAAACAUAAAGACGCAUUUAAUGCUUCGGGAGAUACCAAUAAAGAAAACGAUGUUAACAUUUCAAACUUAAAAGCACAGAAGAAGUAUCAUGAUCCUGAUGAGUUUGAGGACAUUGAGAAACGAUAUGAAAAAUUAUUUGGUACAAGCAGUCAUGAAACAACUAUAAAACCCACAAAUAAUGUAUUAGAUGACAGUAAGGAUAAGAAAGACCGAAUAGAACGCGUUUUAAGCGACGGUUCAAAAGAAAUAAAAUACCCGAAUGGUAAUACAAAAACUGUGUCGAAAGAGGGCAAUUUAGUUGUGGUCAAUUAUUAUAAUGGUGAUGUGAAAGAAACUAAUUUGCUAGUAGGUACAGUGAGAUAUUAUUAUAAGGAAAAUAGAAUUUGGCAUACCACUUUCCCUGAUGGAUCAGAACUGUUGGAAUUUCCAAAUGGACAAACUGAGAAAAAAUUCAAAGACGGUUCUCACGAAGUAAAAUAUGUUGACGGUACAAUUAGGAACGUUGGUACUUCUGGGACGGAAAAAAUUACCUAUGUGGAUGGUACCGUGGUCACAAUGAAUAAACAGGGCGAUAAAAUUUUAGAAUUGCCCAGUGGCGAAAAAGAAAUUCACACUCAACAGCAGAAGAGGAGAGAGUAUCCGGACGGUACGGUUAAAACGGUUUACGCUGACGGUACGCAGGAAACGAAAUAUUCAAAUGGCAGAAUACGAAUAAAAGACAAACACGGGAAUCUCGUCAUGGACUCGGAACGCGUUGGUAAAAGUAAGUGAUAAGCGAAAACGUACUCUAUAUAUGCAUAUAAGAUAAUAUGAUACAGUCGGGUGUAUUUUUUAAUUAUUUUUAUAAAGUUUUUUACAUUGA